AUGCUCGGCGCACGAACAGAUCAGCGGCUGGCGAUACAGCUCAGCGGCAAGCUCAUGUUGGCCAGCAAGCGAGCAUCGGAACUACAGGUAUCGAGUCUUCCACGGUGGUGCCCUUUACCGCGGCGUCCGCAGAGUUCGACAGGGAAGAGACGUGCCGAAAGCUGGGCGGGGCAGUUGACGGUGACCAUGCCGCAGCUUGUCGAGCCUUAUUGGGACGAGGAACAGCUCGAAUGUGCCGGCUCGAAUCCGUAUCCUCGGGCCUCCGUCCGCCGUGAGGCUACGUACCAAAGAUCAAUGGCAUGCUGA